AUGGGCAGCGCCGGCCCCGAGCGUGGCGAGACGGGCCUCCUGCACGGCGACGCCGAGUCGAGGCUGGGGUGCGGCCGCGCGGCCGGCGAGGUGUUUGUGGUGGGCCAUGACUGGGGGGCGCUGAUCGCGUGGUACGUGUGCCUGUUCCGGCCGGACCGCGUCACGGCGCUCGUCAACACCAGCCUCGCCUUCAUCCGCAACAUAAUCGCACGCAAUGGACCUGGUUUCGUGAAGCCCACCGACUACUUCAACCGCGCCUACGGCCCCGACUACUACAUGUGCCGCUUCCAGGAGCCCGGGGUCGCGGAGGCGCGGCAGUUCGUGCCGGAGCACGCUAGGCGCCUCCUGCGGCAGAUCAUGUGCCACUGCCUCAGCCACGGCGUGGCCUGUGACGAGGAAAUGCACGACGACAAGUACCCGACAUCUACGCUCCCUCCUUGGCUCACCGAGGAAGACGUGGACUACUUUGGCGCCGAGUUCGGGAGGACUGGGUUCACUGGCGGCAUCAACUACUACCGCAACCUGGACAGGAACUGCGAGCUGGCUGCGGCGUGGGCGGACGCCAAGGUGCAGGUGCCGACCAAGUAUGUGGUGGGUGAAGGUGAAAUCACGUACCACUUCGAGGGGGUCCAGGAGUACAUCCACGGGGGUGGGUUCAAGGAGGACGUGCCACUGCUAGAGGAGGUGGUCGUCCUCCCGGGCGCCGGCCACUUUAUCCAGCUGGAGAGGGCACAGGAGGUCAGUGAUCAUAUCUACGACUUCAUCAUCAAGUUCUCAUCUCCAACCUAAGAUGGGAUUCACAAGCAUCCAUCUACUGCUUUGGGUUGUCGGUGUUCGACCUUGCGUGUGUAUGUUUAUUCUUGGAUGAUCUGUAUACCUGCCCGUUUCCGAUUGACAAAUGUUGAUAUAUUGUUAGGGCCGCAGGUAGGGUUUACCAGAGAGGGGAUGUACUUUAGAAAACAAAACAUAUGAUAUAUUAAGUCUUACUACAUUUUAUAA